GCCAACAUGAACUUCGAAAUACCGCCAGGAUUGACGGAUCUUCUGCAAGAUUUUACGGUUUCUGUGCUCAAAGAACGACCUCCGGAUCUUGUCCAGUUUGCAGCAGAUUAUUUUGUGAAAUUAAAUAGUCAGAAGAAUGUAGGAAAAGAUGAUGAAGAUGAUUCAGGAGGACGCGGAGUUCGGUUUGCUGGUGCAAGUCCUCCCCCGGCAGAACCCAUGGAUGAAGAUGACGACGAUGACGAUGAACCAAUGGAGCCACCAACAAACAGAUUCCAGAGAAGACAGUCAGUGUCUGCAGAAAGAUAUGACCCAGAGGCAGACUCUGAUGAGGGUGAAGACAAGAUUGUUUACCCAAAGUCUGAUGAGCAGCGAAAGAGGCUGAGUGAGGCAGUUCGUUGCAUCCUUCUUUUCCGGUCACUUGAUGUUGAACAGAUGCAGGAAGUGUUAGAUGCUAUGUUUGAAAAGAAGGUAGAGCCAUCUGAACACGUUAUAGAUCAGGGCGAUGACGGAGACAAUUUUUACGUUAUUGACAGUGGUACAUAUGAUAUUUUUGUAAAUGGCAACCUGGUUGGUAAAUAUGAUAGUAAAGGAAGUUUUGGGGAGCUUGCUCUGAUGUACAACAUGCCACGUGCUGCUACCAUUGUGGCCACAUCUGAAGGCACAUUAUGGGCCAUGGAUAGAACCACAUUUAGAAGAAUAGUAUUAAAGAAUGCUUUUAAUAAGCGGAAAAUGUAUGAAGCACUGUUGGAACAUGUACCAAUGCUGAAGACUCUUGAUCCAUAUGAAAGAAUGAAUGUAGCAGAUGCCUUGCAGUCUAAAUCUUUUACUGAUGGAGAGGUGAUCAUAACACAGGGUGAUGAGGCAGACUGUAUGUAUUUCAUUGAAGAAGGAAAUGUUCGAGUGACAGUCAAAAACAAGAGUGAGCCAAAUGGUGAAGAAUUGGAAGUAAAGAGAUAUGAAAAAGGAGGUUACUUUGGAGAGCUGGCAUUAGUUACACACAAACCAAGAGCAGCUACAGCAUACUCAAUAGGCAGUACUAAAUGUGCAGUGCUAGACGUGCAGGCAUUUGAGAGGUUACUGGGGCCAUGCAUGGAUAUCAUGAAGAGGAAUAUUGACCAGUAUGAAGAACAGCUAGUCCAGGUAUUUGGAGACAAGGCCAAUAUUACCGACCUAAGAUGAACGUCCUUCCCUGCUACCAAACCAAAGAGUGCUCAUCUUCUACCCACCCGCAAUAUCAAAAUCCUCAUGUCCAACCACAUCAACUAACUUGUGUCGACUGUGGCUUGGCAGUCGUACUAUUCCAACCAGGCUCAGAAACCAUUGUCUGAUUUUUGGUGCUGGUUUACA